CCGGUGCACCUGGACGGACGGCUCGGUCUGUGGCAACGGAGCUUAAUAAUAGUUACGAUUGUGUCAAGACUCCCGGUAGGAGAGCAAUAUGCAUUCAAAAUGACGAAGUCCGCAGCUAGCUGAGCUACAUCUUACUGGGGACUGUAAGAGGAAUAAAUGAAGAGGCAUGGAAAGUAACAGGGAUGUGAUUUCCAGCACGGAGUCUUUGUGUUGUUUACAGCUGGAGAGCCAUCACAGAGGAUUAGCUCGUUUGCUCCGCGGAAUGACGACAUCUGCGGCGUCCAGCUGCCUCAAACACGGGUGUCGGUGAUGCUGUCGGUCGCUGGCCAAAUGCCCGGUUGUCCGAAUUGGGACAGAGCAACCAAAACUACAUUCUAAAAUCAUGAAAAACUGCGAGUAUCAGCAAAUCGACCCGCAGGCACUUCCGACACCAACCCCGACCCCUCCUCCACCACAUCAUCACCAUCACCAUCACCAUCAUCAUGGACACGACGGUGACAAGAGUGAGGAACCGAAGAGACCAAGGAGGAAGUGGGAAGUUUUCCCCGGAAAGAAUCGCUUCUACUGCGGCGGGCGGAUCAUAGUGGCUCGGCAGAGCGGGGUCCUGCCCCUCACUCUGGGCCUCAUUCUCGUCACAAGUGGAUUAUUCUUUAUAUUUGACUGUCCAUUCCUGGUCAAACACCUGACCAGCUGCAUACCUGUUAUCGGAGGAGUCCUCUUUAUAUUUGUGGUCAUCACCCUUCUCCAGACCAGCUUCACCGACCCCGGCAUCCUGCCCAGAGCAACACCGGACGAGGCGGCAGACAUUGAAAAGCAGAUUGAUAACACUGGGAGCACCAGCUACCGGCCGCCACCGCGCACCAAAGAAGUUCUCAUCAACCAGCAGGUGGUCAAGCUCAAGUACUGCUUCACCUGCAAGAUGUUCCGGCCUCCGCGCACCUCCCACUGCAGCCUGUGUGACAACUGUGUGGAGCGAUUUGAUCAUCACUGCCCAUGGGUGGGGAACUGUGUGGGGAAACGCAAUUACCGCUUCUUCUACACCUUCAUCGUGUCACUCUCCUUUCUGACUGCAUUCAUCUUCGGCUGUGUGACCACACAUCUGGCACUGAGGGCUCAAGGUGGAAAAGGCCUUGUGUUUGCUCUACAAGAGAGUCCAGGCAGUGCAGUAGAGCUGGUGAUAUGCUUCUUCUCAGUCUGGUCCAUCUUGGGCCUCUCAGGCUUCCAUACAUACCUGGUUGCUUCCAACCUGACCACCAAUGAAGACAUUAAAGGUUCUUGGUCAGGGAAGAGUGGAGCAGAGUGUGCCACUAACCCAUACAGUCAUAGAAACAUCUUUAUCAACUGCUGUUCUGUGCUCUGUGGACCCAUGCCACCCAGUCUGAUCGACAGACGAGGUUUCCUGCCUGCAGACGAAUACGCUCAGCCCAGUGGAACCGACAUCGAGUUGCCCACCCUGGCCGCUAAGAGCGAGAUAAACGUGGUAGGAGGGUCUUCCCAGCUGGCUUUUGGCUUACAGGAAUCCCCCUUUCCUGAACCCGCAUUUCCCAACUCCCAACAAAACUCUUCCUGUGCCUGACAGAAGCAUUGUUGCCUGUUGUAGCCCCAACUCAGCAAUUGUCUGUUGCUUGUUGUUGACUUGUGUCUGGGUUAAUCCCUCCAU